GCCCGCGGGCGCGAGCAUGGCGGGCUGGUGGCGGGCGCUGCCGCGCGCGGCCCGGCGCUACCCGUGGCCCACCAACGUGCUGCUCUACGCCGGGCUCUACUCGGCCGGCGACGCGCUGCAGCAGCGGCUGCGGGGCGGCCCGGCGGACUGGCGCCAGACGCGGUGCGUGGCCACCGUGGCCGUGACCUUCCACGCCAACUUCAACUACGUGUGGCUGCGCCUGCUGGAGCGCGCGCUGCCGGGCCGCGCGCCGGGCGCCGUGCUGGCCAAGGUGCUGUGCGACCAGGCGCUCGGCGGGCCCGUCGCGCUCUCGGCCUUCUACGUCGACGGGUCUGAUGUACUGGCCUUUUGUACAGCUGACCAACUUCAGCCUUGUUCCUGUUCACUGGCGAACAGCUUACACGGGACUCUGUGGUUUUCUCUGGGCCACCUUCCUUUGCUUUUCCCAGCAGAGCGGUGA